AUGCCUUUCACAAAGCUUGUCAAGAAUUCCCCCUACUUCUCACGCUUCCAGACCAAGUACAAGCGCAGACGAGCCGGCAAGACCGAUUACUAUGCACGAAAGCGGUUGAUUUCUCAAGCCAAGAACAAAUACAAUGCUCCCAAAUACCGCCUCGUCGUUCGCUUCACUAACCGCGACAUCAUUGCGCAACUUGUGACUGCUGAACUCACUGGUGACAAGGUCUUCGUUGCUGCGUACGCCCACGAGCUCAAGAGAUAUGGCAUCAACAACGGUCUGACCAACUGGUCUGCUGCCUACGCCACCGGUCUCCUUCUGGCCCGCCGAGCUCUCAAGAAACUCGACCUGGAUGAGGACUUUACUGGGGUUGAGGAGGCCGAUGGAGAAUUCAAACUCACCGAGGCCGCUGAAGGCGAAGAUGGCGAAGGACGUCGACCUUUCAAGGCUUUCCUCGAUGUUGGUCUUCACCGGACUUCCACUGGUGCUCGCGUCUUUGGUGCCUUGAAGGGUGCCUCUGACGGCGGCCUCUACAUCCCCCACAACGAGAAGCGUUUCCCCGGAUACGACCAAGAGAGCAAAGAACUUGAUGCUGACACGCUUCGCAAGUACAUCUUUGGCGGUCACGUGGCUGAGUACAUGGAGACUCUAGCUGAUGACGAUGAGGAGCGCUACAAGUCCCAAUUCAGCAAAUACAUUGACAACGAUGUCGAAGCUGAUGGUCUGGAAGAACUCUACAGCGAGGCUCAUGCUGCUAUCCGUGAGGAUCCCUUCAAGAAGGAUGAGGAUGAGGGCGAGAAGAAGAGCAAGGAUGAGUGGAAGGCUGAAGGCAAGAAGCACCGCCAACAAAAGCUUUCCAAGGAGGAGAAGGAACAGAGAAUCAAGGAGAAGAUUGCAUCUCUUGCCUCUUGA